AUGGACGGUGUCUGUGACAAGAUCGUUGUUGCCUCCACGGACAGCGACUGGCGACAUGCAGAGCUUCGAACCUUAAUCCCGUGUGUCACGUGCACGUCACGACAAGUACGCGUGAACGAAACGUUCAAAUACUUGCACUACGGCAACAUCACGUACAACGUGGACGAACGCGCGGAGGUUGGUAUGCUCACCCGCAGUAUCGUCAUCGAGGGCGUGAUGGAGCCUGAGUGUUACUAUAACGACCAAAAGGAAAAAAAACUUUGUCAGCGCUUCAACAGGGACACGUUUGGCGGUAACAUUAGAAUUCUCCGCUGCCAUGCCAGUGUGCACAUCGAGGGGGUGGAGCUGUACCACAUGGGGCAGCAGGCCUUGCUCAGUCGCUACCCGAUUCACUUCCACAUGUGUGACGAGGUCGCGGGUAUGUAUGUGCGGGACAACUCAGUGUACGACUCAUUCUCACGCUGCGUCACGGUUCACGGAACACACCGACUGCUGGUGCAGCGAAACGUGUGUUACCUCCACCUGGGUCAUGGCAUCUUCCUGGAGGACAGCGUGGAGCAGGACAACGUCAUCGAGGGCAACCUCGUCCUGGGCUCGCAGCACGGCACGCUGCUCAUGUCCGACUCGCGCAAGGAGUGGUGCAAGGAGGACUACCCACAGGAAGACUUUACCGUCAACUGCGACGAGUUAGCUACCUACUGGAUUACUCACCCCAACAACAUCAUCAACAACAAUGCAGCGGCCGGCGGUGAGGGCAAAGGCUUCAAGAUUGUCUACGCUGAUCUCCCUUUAGGACCAUCAUUCGACCGCCAGAUGGAGUUAGGCGUGUGCACAAUCCGUGGAAUUAUCCAAUCAAAAGCUUCGCUGGAAACACUGCGCAUGCAAACACUCAUGUUAGCUGGAUUGUUCAUAGAUAGCAAGGUAUCUACCGGGCGCCUGGAAUCUGAAAACGAAGUGCCAGAAAAUGGAAUCCUCCAGGUGACUAAUGGUUAUGACCCGCGCAGUCCUCCAACUCCUGAAGGAGUCCAAGUCUGGACAGAACUACGCAGAAAUACAUUUUACAAGAACAUUCGUGCAAACGUGUGGAUCAAAGGAGGUAACAUACGCCUGGCCUUCUGCACUCUGGCGGACUCGCGCGAAGCUUUCUCCGGGGGGACCUCAAGUAUGAGCAGCGGGACGGAAGUGACGCACAGCAUUUUCAUCGGCGAGACGGACAACAAUGGCAUCCAGUAUGAGUCGAGAGUAUUAGAAAGUCUGACUGGAAUCGGUGUCUACCAAGGACCUAAUUUCAUCAAGCAUAGCUACUUCGACCGUUUCGACACGCAGACCCUGACGGGGUCAGCUGGCAACACCGUGACCCGACACGCCGGCGGCAUCAGCUUCAAACGCUCCAACGCUUACCCGACCAUGACGUCAUGCUACAUGCAGAACAUCACGUUUGGCUACUGUGACGGGGAACAUGGAGGGAACUGGGUUUUCCAUGGCAACGCCUCUGUGUACGGGUGGGAAGAAAGGGACGGAAAUCUGGGUAUAUUCUUGCGCGAUGCGGAUGGAUCUGUGACCGGGACGCCAAACGCGUGUCUCGUCAGGAACUUCCCCUUCUACAAGGGUCCGGAAUGUUCCGACCGACCUACCUGGGGCCUGACUGUCUGUCCCUACCGCUACAUCAAGAUGGAAAUUCUAGGCGCCGGAGGAAGUCUUUCAAAGCCCAACAAAGACAAGACACCGAUGAUCAUCAGACGAGAUGACUCGCCUUAUGACAAACCAUUUGUCAUUGAAGGUCUCAUCAGAAAUGAAUAUCUUCUCCGAACACACAAGUCGUAUCUCAUCGACUUCAAUAACCAACUGACUGACGGAGGCUUCCCAGAAUCCAUCAGUUUCUCCGGCUAUGGUGUAGAGAAAGGUGACGUGGUAAGAGUAGGUAUCUGUCAACCCCUGGACGUAGACGGGUACAGUGUAAGGAGCUUCUACCCGGCUGUCAUCAAGGACAAUGCCACGUGGGCAUCGAGUCUGGAGGAGCUGGACGCCGACACAACGGGCAGAGUGUUCUUCCACGACAAGCAAAACGGGAUCCUCUUCUUUAAGCUGCUGAGUCGACAUGUAAGAACAAACGACACCCAGCUUUGUCCGGGUGGAUAUUGCUUUCAAGUCAAGUUUGAUGUCAUAGGCGGCAACCUGAAGAGGAUGAGGUCAUGUUUUGGCAUCUCAGUGCCACCCUAUGUUGACAACACUCCCAAACCACAAGUUCCAGAACCAAAGCCGUGUCCUGGUCACGCGUCUCCUGAGGGCCUUGGAGCACUGGACUGGUCUAAAGUGGGUUUUGUUUCCCAUGAAAAGUACUCUGUCCAAUGCAACAACUCUUCAAGUGGUACAGUGACUUCAUCGACGGUGGUGGGCUGCUUCGUGGAGAAAUAUGCAGGUCUUCAGAAUGAGACGAUCAUUCUAGGAAACUCCAUGACAAACCGCUGGUGCCUAGAGAGGUGCAAAGGUCGCGGCUACGCAUACGCAGGCCUUUUACGAGGCGACCGUUGCGUUUGCGGUAACACUCUUGACCGGCAACCACAAAGUAUGGCGGACCCACAAUUGUGCCGAAAGUACCCAUGCUCUGGUGACGUCACGGAGUUCUGUGGUGGGAUUAAAGAAGUAUACGUCAUAAAGACAGAGUAAGUUCUACAGUUUGUCGGACAUGUUUCUGGAAGAAAAGUUCUUUCCGGAGUCUGUCUCGCUGACUUUCAGACCGCCUGCGGCAAGUCUGUACCUCCUGGCACUCCACAGUGAAAUACGAAUGUUGUUUUACUUUUUGUAUGUA